AUGUCAUCAAAGAAAGCGGCUGGAAUACCAUGCAUACCACGUGCACGCAAGAAGAGAUUGAUUGCUGCGAGACCAUUGCAUAGACGAGGUAGCACGAACAAUGACCAGAUAUCUAGUGGUGAAUCUUCGGUUGUAGGCAAUAGUCUUCGACCGUCUAGAGAGCCGGUCGUCAUUGCUUCAAGGUUGGACUCGGCAGUAAGGCAGCUACCGACCUCCUUCCCAUCUACCAGCGGCGUUGAUUCACGAGGUGGUGGUCAUGACAUACUGCUAUCUGAGAGCGUUGCUUCGCCUUCCCUGCUAUCUCAAACGGGGGGCCGUGCCCCGGAAAAGACAUAUAUCGGAAGGGAUCAUUAUGUUGACAACGAGGACGACAUCGACGAGGGUAAUGCUCGAGCGUUUGAGCCUGCAAAUCACCCAGCACAUCUUGAGACAAGCAUGGCAACACUGCAUCUGUGGAAGGCCACCGAAAUCCCCCCAAGAGCAGCCCGCCAAAGCCUCCUCAGCUCGGUCAUCGAGUAUUGCCUGCCAUGGACGCCUGUCUUGGAACCGGCCGACCUUGCUGAGCUCUCUCACCUCGAUCAGGCGCCUCCAUGUUUGCUAUUGGCACAAGCCGUGUGGCUUGCUGGAAGUAUGGUCAACUCUGCUCCAUCUGUGGUGGCGUAUGCUACGCCAGAUCAAUUCUAUCAUCGCGCCAAAGCCUUAUUCUGGUCAGGUCUUGACAAGGACCCCAUCACAGCCAUCAAGGCUACACUUCUACUCCAGUGGUACAAUCCAGAAGCCCCGGAGUAUGUUUCCUUCGACAACAGUGAGUUCUGGCUGAAAAUAGGGGUGGGCCUUGCGCAUCAGAUAGGCUUACACCGAGAACCACAUCUUGGGAAUAUGAAAGCAUUAAGGCGAAAAAUAUGGUGGAGCCUUGUCGCCCGUGACUGCCUCGUUUCCGUUGCUCAUGGUCGACCCCGCGCCAUCAGCAUGGAGGACUGUGACGUGCUCCCACCCAGCCCUCGCGACUUCCCAGAAACUUCUGGUGCUUUUGAGCUAUUCUCUCAAUGGGUCGCAGUGUGUCUCAUCUUGGGCGACAUAUCAGAAUCUUGCACUAGAAGAUACAUGUCGAGGAAAGCACAGACCGAUGUUAAAACUUCCUUAAUUAGGUGGAACAACAAUCUUCCUCCAGAAUUCAGGAUCUUCGUUAUUGAUACAACAAAAUAUCACCCAAACCCUCAGAACUUCGCUGCUCGACAGUUGCACCUACCUUACCUUGCCAGCCUUGUCAUCCUAGGGCGCCAGCACCAUACCACAGGAUCGAUCAGCGUGAUCUCGACUCUAGCAGCAUCCCUAACUGCUCGGAUAUUCGAAGAUUUCUUGGCACGAGAUGAGGUCAAGGUUCUAGCCCCAAUCUUCACUCGGUAUUGCCUGAUCUCAUCCAUGGCUUUUGUAGCGUUGAUGUCUUUCACGGAUCUUUGGCAGGCUGCUCAGCCAGACCUGGCCAUCCUUCAGCAAGCACUGGCAGAACUGUCGAAGAGAUGGAGAUCGGCAAUUGGGGCAUCGAGGACACUUUCCAAUGCAAUCGAGAGGAGAGCAACCCGCCGACGAGGGAACAUGACUUCAUCGUUCUCUGUCGAUAGACUUGAGAUUCAGCAAUACUUUGAGCACACUGACCUUGACUCGUGCCGCAUCUGGAAACCACUCAAUAUGUCGGCGACGUCUCCCAAGUUCGUCCCCAAUGUACCCUUGUCAGGACCAUCCCUCCCAGUGGGGACCGAAACAAUAGCACACGCCCCUGAUAAUUUUUACCAUGCUUCAAUCGACAACAUAGCCUUUAAUCCCUUUCAAUUCGACCAUCUUGAGAAUUGGAUGCUGAACGACGGCGGCUUUUUCGAUCCCUAUAUUAGGCAAUCAGAAUAA